AGUUGAGCCCGAGAUUUCCAGCAAGAAAGUGCGUUUCUGUGAUUGGGAAGUCCCAUUCACAGUCUGGCUUUUUAUCCGGCUGGACACUUGAGUCCUCAAGCAUUUGUUGUCACAGAUCCUUGCAAGAGCGUUUGGCAAAUAGUUAGUUUUAGUGAAAUUUGGUGGAUGGUGAACAGUGAAAACUCUCAAUACUGCACUUGACUUUUUUUCUGCCAUUACACCAAAUUUUCCACCAAAGUGAAUUUGUGUUUAUUCAUCAGUUUUAUCCCGGCACACACUUCCCCGUAUCCCUCAGCUCCAUAUCCCCCAAACUGGUGUCCUAUUCCACAGUACAAUAAUCACACGAAUCAGGGAAAGAGAGUGGUAAAGUGUUCACUUUUUGUUUCAACAUUCAUCAUCUCUUGUAUUUUAGAGCUCGGAAUGUGAAUUUUAAUCCGUUUUUCGUCUCCCGCGGACUUUUUUUUCUGUACACUCUGCCACAACAACUAUGCAAAAAUCCUCGCAGAAGAGUAUUUAAAUUUCAUCCUAACACAAGCAUUUCCACUAAAUAUUCCACGACAGACAGAGAUUAUCCCAGCACAAGAAAAUCCACACAAAAAAUAGAUCUGUUGUACAAUCAUUUCAAUUUUGUGGAAUACUCCAAAUGUGAAUCACUCUUCUUACUAGAACUGUUUAUUGUUGGACAGAUAUAUAAUCAUCCCACCGACUGAGAGUGAUGAUUUCUGCUUUUUGGAAGAAUCAUGCUGAAAAGUCAAUUAAUCGUGUUUCACUAUUGAUUUUGUCCAUUUAAACAAAGUUCACAUGAGAAAAACCUUUAGCUUUGAAUCAGAAAAUUACUGAAGCACAAAAGUCUGAGAAGGACGAGAUGAGGGCAGAAAAUGAGGGAAAAUCCCUCGAGUGUGUGUGUUAAAAAUUUUAUAAAAAAGGGAUUUCCGGUCAUGGAAUCAUCUUAAGAGGACUUUUUAGGUGGAAGUCACCCUUGGGGACUAAGAGUGUUGUGUGUGUGAGGAAAGUUGUGGAUUCUCUUUUUUGUGCUCAACAAUGACCCAACUUUUAUGGCUUUUCGUCAUCGUGAUGUAUCCAGCAUUCAUUCAAGGCCAAGUUCCCCGGAUCACGGAACAUCCCACAGAUACCACUGUGGCUCGACACGAUCCCGCCACGCUCAACUGCAAAGUGCAGGGCACCCCUACGCCUACCAUUCAGUGGUACAAAGAUGGAGUACCAUUAAAAAUCCUGCCUGGAUCUCAUCGACUCUUCCUACCGGCUGGAGGAUUAUUCUUCCUCAAAGUCGUCAAUUCGCGCCGCGAGAGCGACAGUGGUGUGUACUGGUGCGAGGCAAGGAACCAAUACGGUGUCGCCAGAAGUCGCAAUGCCACCCUUGUGGUAGCAGUCCUUCGCGAGGAUUUCCGCUUGGAGCCACAAAAUACACGAGUAGCGCAAGGUGACACAGCACUCAUCGAAUGUGGACCGCCAAAGGGGACUCCAGAGCCAAGAGUUGAUUGGCGCAAGAAUGGACAGAAACUUGAGUUGGAGAAUUCCAAGAGGAUUCGCAUUGUCGACGGAGGAAACUUGGCCAUUCAGGAUGUUCGACAGACGGACGAGGGACAGUACCAAUGCGUGGCGAAGAAUGCGGCCGGCACAAGGGAGUCGACUGCGGCACUAUUAAAAGUUCAUGUGAAACCGUUCCUGAUCCGAGGACCUACAAGUCAAGUCGUUGUCGAGGGGUCGGCGGUGACAUUUCAGUGUCGGGUCGGUGGGGACCCCAUGCCAGAUGUCCUUUGGCGUCGUUCGGCGUCUGGUGGAAAUAUGCCACUCGAUCGGGUGCACAUCUUGGAGGAUAGGAGUCUACGUCUGGAAAGGGUGACGGUGAAUGAUGAAGGCGAAUACAGCUGUGAAGCUGAUAAUGCUGUGGGUUCGAUAACGGCCACCGGAACACUCACAGUUCAUUCUCCUCCAGUUUUUACGGCUCGUCCUACGGCACAAUCAGUAGAUGUUCCAGCUUCGGCAUCUUUUGAGUGUCGUGCAACCGGAAUACCUCAGCCCACAAUGUUUUGGUCGAUAGAGGGCAAUCGAUCCCUUAUUUUCCCGGGAUCACGUUUAGAUCGCUUUGAGACAACAUUCACGGCAGAAGGUGUCAGUGUCCUGACCCUUCCUCAGACUAAAAGAACAGACAAUGGGAUUAUUGUGAUUUGUAGUGCUUUGAAUAGUGUGGGAUCUAUCACUGCCAGAGCAAAGCUCAUUGUGAACUCAGUAGAGGACAAUCCACCACCGAUUAUUAUUCAAGGUCCUGUAAAUCAGACUCUUCCGGUUAAAUCUGUGGCUGUGUUAGUUUGUCGGUCGAGUGGUGUCCCUACGCCGGUAGUUUCGUGGUAUCGUGACGGUAUUCCCGUGGUAACGUCUCAUAAGAUCAAUAUGACAGAGUCGGGAACGCUUACGAUUUCAGACUUGAGUAGAAAUGAGGAUCAAGGGUUGUAUACAUGUGUGGCCAGUAGUCGCAAUGGAAAGUCCACGUGGAGUGGAUUCCUGAGGUUAGAGCAACCAACAAAUCCGAAUAUCAAGUUCUUCCGGGCACCUGAAUCUGCCACGUUUCCUGCUGCACCCAGCAAACCUCUCAUUGUUAAUGUGACUGACGAAUCCGUAACGAUAUCAUGGAUUCCGGGUGGGAAGACUGGAGCUUCCGAGAUUCAGGGUUAUACUGUUGAGAUGUUCAGCAGUAAUAUUAGCAAAGGUUGGAUUCCACUUGUUCAGCGUCAUCCGGACACGACAUAUACUCAAUAUUCUCUAACCUUGGGUGCUACUUAUGUCUUCAUUGUACGAUCUGAGAACUACCAUGGUCUCUCACCACCAAGUCCCAUGUCUGAUCCAAUUGUUGUGGGUGGAAAGGCUCUCAAUGCUGAAGAGGACAUUGGACUGAGUGAGGCGCAGGCAAUUUUGUCGUCUGGCAAUGUGGUUGAAUUACUGGAGGCGAAUGCCACUGAUUCCACGAGUGUACGACUCUCCUGGGAGAUUAUAAACGGGCAGUACGUGGAGGGUUUCUACAUUUAUUCACGUGAAACUGUGACCAAUGGAACGUAUAAGAUGCUGACGGUACUACAUGGUGGAGGAGCGUCUGCAUGCACGAUGACCGGUCUCAAGAAAUACCAUCAAUAUGAGUUCUUCAUUGUACCCUUCUAUAAGACAGUCGAGGGACGCCCAUCGAAUUCACGUACCACUCGCACAUUGGAAGACGUUCCAAGUGCUCCGCCAGAACACAUCGAGGCGAUUUUAUUGAAUGCGACAGCUGUGUAUCUGAAAUGGCAUGCACCUUCCAAUGACACAAUCAAUGGCAUUCUUCUCAGCUACCAAAUCAUUGUCAGAGGUUUUGAUUCACACAACUUGUCGAAAAUACUCACAAAUAUUACAAUAGACGCAAAGACACCAUCACUCCUUCUGGCAAAUCUUUCGGCCGGAGUGACAUACUCUGUGAGUGUGUCAGCGGGAACUGGAGCAGGAUUCGGACCAUUCAGUCCACCAGCUAUUCUUCGGUUGGACCCACACUCUCGACGGCUAGACAAUAGCUUCACAAGAUACUCAAUCAAUCACAACUUAUCAGAUGACAUCCUUACGCAGACGUGGUUUAUUGUCCUGUUGGGAUCAAUAAUCGCCAUCAUCGUAUUCCUCUUUGGAGCUAUGGUAUUGUUUAAGCGGAUUCAAUUUAUCAAGCAAACAUCAUUGGCCUCAAUGCACGGAAAUCACGCAAUCGGAACUGUAAGAAAAUUCCCCACAUUGCCACUUAAUACCGGCGGCGGCACAAAUGGCGGCGCCGGCGGAGGAACUGCCACAGGCGGCGGUGUGUGGAUAGAUCCUUCCGGUGGAGUAUGGCGUCAUGCAAAGGAUGGGAUACCCGAUUAUGCACAAAUAUCAGCCACCCAAACACUUCCGCUGCCCGAUUAUGAGAGGCUCACACCUCUCAAUAUGCCGGACUAUGCGGAAGUAGCCGGAGUGUCGUCGUUCAAGCACCCAAAGUCGCCGCUCUACGAUAGCUGUGGUGCAUAUGCGACCACAUCGUUGAUUGGCACAACAAACAUUUACCAUCAGAAUAGAAUAGAUGCUAAGAGCAAUUCCAUCUAUUCGGCGCCCACGAGUUGCCAUUAUGGCAUCAACGAUGGGCUGCCUUAUGGUGUGGACGCGGCCAAGAAUGCUGCUCUUAAUCACCAUGCCAAUGUACUACAGCGCAAUUCUGCCCACCAUGGCAGUCACAACAGACUGAUUAUGAACAUCACUGAGAAUCGGAUGAAUCUCAUAAACAAUCUCAGCCGACCAUCCACGUCCACCGCCGUGCCUCAGACGCCCAUGUUGGGCACUAUGCGCCGCAAUCGGCUGAUGAAGCUCAGCCAAAGUGGCGACGGCAGGAAUGGCAAAGUGGCCGAUGGAUCAUGGACACCAUCCCCAUCUGCCCUGGAUACCACUGUCAUUGGGAGUGGUGCAAAUACGGCCACUACCAUGGCUCACCACUUCAUUCAGGCGACCACAAGUGAUAAGAAUAGUUCGCAGAACUAUUUGAGUAGUUUCGGCCGAACGGACAAUGUGUAGAGAAAAUCCUUAAAGCACUCCCCAUUCCCAUUUCCUUCUGCCUCCAUCCAAAAAAAUAUUGUACAUAAUACUCAUUAAAUACACAUUUGAGCAGUGUAUUUAAUUAUCAUAGAAGUGCGAGUGAGAGAGAGAAUGUAAUGUUGGCAAAUUCCAAGAUGUAAUGAUACAAAUUGUACGAUUUAUGAGUGUAGUGAAUACGGUUCCUAAAAUACCCAUCCAUACAGAAAAUUUUCGUGAAAGUUCUGGAAUGGAGAGACACCAGAAAACUUUUUCAUCUUAAUGGACUGAUAAUGUGCUGGAUAUAUUUGCUUUUCUGCCCAGCCAGGGAUGAAGAGUCAAGGUGGGUGUGGGCUAAAGACUUUGGUAAAGAGAAAAGUUGAACUUUACCCUGCAAUUGCUUCCAUCUGACCUCUGACUUGGAAAAUUAUUUUAGCCUCUUUUCCACUUUCAAAAAUACGCCCAAUUUUGUAUGUUUGAGAGAAAAUAAGACUCUUCUCCUAUACUAUUAAAAAAAAAUACCUGAAAUCUACGGUAAGGAUGGUCGCGUAGUGUGUGCAAGAAACCAAUAUUUUUGUGUGAUCUCUUGACUAUAUUUGUAUUUCAUAAUUUUUUGAAUUUUGUGUGUAUUUAAUAUUUAAUAUUUUUUUUGUAAUGAAACAUAUAUCAAAUUUGACACAUAGGGGAAACUGGGGCACCACCAAACACGGGGUACCACCAAACACUGCGAUGUUUUAAUCAGAUAUUCGACUUCAGAAGACAAGACUUACAGAAAUUUAUAGGCAUUAUAGGGAUGCUUGUCCACUGAAGAAAUGAUCGAGAUAGUUUUAAAUUUAAAAAUAAUAACUCAGAGAAUUUAAAAAGCUAAAAGUCGUACACAGGUAAGACCUAAUGGAAUGGGGCAAUAUUUCGGACAGUUUGCUUAUAAGCACCAACUGUAUAAUUUUAAUACGAUUUUUCGUUUUUAUUUUUAGCUGUUUGUACACAUAUUUUUAAUACAAAAAA